AAAGAAUCAGAACUCUGUGUGGAGAAGCCAAAUACAUUAGCUGUAUCGCCAAGGAAAAAUGGACGGCGAGAAGGGGAUCAAGUUCAUGACCUACAACGUCUGGUCCCGCGAGGACGUUGCCGUCUACACGAGGAUGAAGGCCAUCGGCGACCUUGUUCGGGAUGAUUCUCCGGACGUAAUCUUCUUCCAGGAAGUCACGCCGUACAUUCAGUCGAUCUUCGAGAGCUUCCCAUGGUGGGAGGAGUACAACAGCUCACCAGUGCCCCCCGAGGAACAAACGGGGAACCACCACUUCUGCCUGAUGCUGAGCAAGCUUCCAAUGGAGAGGUACGCGCGCUGGAAGUUCGCCACUUCCCCGACAGGCAAGUGCUACCUGGAGGCCGACAUUACCCCUCGAAAUAUGUACCCGAUACGCAUCGCCACGACCCAUCUUGAGUGCCCCGUGCCACCGGCGUCGAUGCACCUCAGGGAUCGGUACAUGCAGGCUAAGCAUGUCGUCUCCGCGCUCAGCAGCGCCGGCAACGUCGUGUUCGGCGGCGACAUGAGCUGGGACGACGACGCCGACCUGCCAUUCCCCCUCCCCGAAGGCUGGGGCGACGCCUGGGUGAAGCUGGGACGUUCGACUGCUUUGAGUCAUAGUUGGACCUACAGUAGUUUCUGGGUGGAGAAGCCCCGGGAGUUCAAUGGCCACAAAUUCCCUAGCUACUCCGGCAAGCGGUCUGACCGAUUUGUGUGCAAGCUACAGGACUACACAGUGAAAACUAUCGGGCGGAUCGGGGGAGAUAAUCUUGGGAUUUAUUGUACGAAGGACAGCGUAGAAUCCUUGCCGAUUAUGCCUAGUUGUCACCGCGGGUUGGUUCUGACCAUCGUCCCAAAUGAGCUUUUGUGACUGCAUAAUUAUCUUCCAGAAUCCUGAAAAUAAAAGUGCACUAUGUUCUCUUGAC